AUGUCGGAAUCAAAUGAGCAUGAAUCUCACCCUCCUGACCCACAUUCACCACCUCAUCAUGACUCACCAAUCGCGGCAACGUUAAGUGACAGCAAGAUCACAGCGCAGCCCCACGAUAGUACCGAGGACAGCAAAUCAACACCGUCUACGCCUUCCCCACCUCCGCCAUCACAAGCGCCCCCUCCGAAAUCAGAGUCUCCGCCUCCAAAAUCAGACUCACCUGCCCCAAAGUCUUCACCAUCCCCCAAACCUUCACCACCACCACCAUCUCCGCCGCCAUCAUCACCUCCACCAUCGUCACCACCUCCGUCUUCACCACCACCAUCAUCAUCGCCACCAAAGUCACCUCCUCCUCCUCGCUCACCACCACCUUCACCCUCAAAAGACAAGGGAUCGCCAUCUGGAUCAUCGUCGCCUUCUCCUCCAGCUUCUCCACCGCCACCUAGCGGUUCUUCCGAUGAGAAUGCUCCUCAACCAUCAUCCUCUGGCGGCAGUUCAUCAUCUAAAUCACCACCAACUGAUUCAUCACAAGGCGGAGGCUCCUCUCAAUCCUCACCUAGUGACUCUCAGUCGCCUCCAGCCUCUCCACCUCCAGGUACACCUUCAACCAACCCUACCACCCCAUCUCCUCCUACAGUGCCUAGCCCUCCAGCGGUUCCAGGUUCAGGAACUACAACUCAGCCUCUCCCUCGCCCUGCUAAUUCCGCCCCCACCCUCUCCCCUCCCUCAACCAGAAGUCGGUCUGCAGCUUCAGACGACUCAGGGGGUAGUAGUAGUAGGCAUACAGGCACUCCCUCAUUGUUGUGUUUGUAA